CCUGUGCAGAAUAAUAGGCAUCGGUAUCGGGGUUAACUUUUAGCUUUAUAAAUAUUUGUUGUUUUACAAUUAACCACGAUGGGAAAACGGCGAACACAUUCUCUGAUAGGCUCGAACUCUAGUGAUAGUGACAGCGACUCUGAAACCAACUUGGAAUCGGACUUACUGUCUUUGGCGAGAAAACGCAAAAAGCCAGCAAAUGCAGGCAAAACAACAAAUUCAAAGUCUGACUCAGACUCGGACUGGGCAAACAACAAAUCAGGAGCGCCAGCUACGAAGAAAAAACGCCAAAAGAAGGCUAGCAGGGACUCAAGCUCAUCUGAGGAAAACUGGGACGACGAUAGUCAGGAUGAAGCGCAAGCCGCAGCGCCACCUGUGGAAAAACGCAUUGAGAUCGAGCCUAAAAAGCCAGAGGUGCAUAGCGAGCAAGAGGAGGGCGAGGUGUCCGACAGCGACUCGGACAAUGAUAAAUCGAAGUCCAAGUCCAGCUCUUCAUCUGACUCUGGCUCUAGCUCAGACAGUAGCGGCUCGUCGAGCUCCAGCUCCGACUCUGAGUUCGAUGAUGGUUACGACGAUGAUAUGAUGGGCGACGAGGAAGAUCGCAAGCAUCUAAACGGACUAUCAGAGAAGGAGCGCGAAACAGAGAUAUUCAAGCGAAUAGAACAACGAGAUAUUAUGCGAACCAGAUGGGAGAUUGAGCGCAAAUUGAAGCUAGCGCGUCGCGGCGAAAGAAACGAGUUCAGAACAAAAGAAGAACGUGCCAAAAAGAAGUCCAAGAAGGAGAAACGCCAGAAGAAGGCUAAGCACUUGCCACCGCCCAUGCAGCUGCCUGUACAUAUCGAGUUGGAGAACAGCGCCAAUGAGCGUCCGCAGAUCAGAAGUCCGUCACCUACGCCAUCAGCAGGCUGCUCCAGCGCAAUGCCUCCUAUGAGUGGCAUGGAGAGAAGUAUAGAUGAGCAGAACGCCAGCAAUGUGGCAGACUACUUUGAUCACAAAGAGCGUUCUAAGGAGCGCAAGAAGAAUGUGGAAGCGAACAAAACAGACGACAAACGUAGCAAUGCUAUGGCUAUGCUUAAGGCCAAGCGCGAGGGCAAACAAAAACGAGAGGAGGAAGAAGCCAAGCGCUUAGCGGAGCGUGAUCGCGACGACGACAAAGAGGAACUGGAGAGCGUUUCUGGCUGCAAGUCAGCAGUGAAACUGAAAGCCUCAGAGAUUUACUCUGACGACUCUGGCAGCAGCGACUGGGAUGAAGAUGAGAAGCCAACGGGCAAACGCUCACGCUCUGCCAGCAGCAAAGCCUCCAGUGAGUCCGAGGAUGAGGAAAAGAAAACCAAGAGUCCUGUGUUUAUAACCACACGAGAGGAUCUCAACAAGCUGCGACUGUCGCGCUUCAAAAUGGAACGAUUUGUCAAUCUACCCAUCUUCGAGAGCACCGUAGUCAAUUCCUUUGUGCGCAUCAGCAUUGGCAACAAUGGCCAAAAGCCUGUGUAUCGCGUAGCUGAAAUUGUGGGCGUGGUCGAGACAGGUAAAAUCUAUUCGCUGGGCACAACGCGCACAAAUCGUGGUCUGCGUCUAAAGCAUGGCACGCAGGAGCGCGUAUUUCGCUUAGAGUUCAUUUCAAAUCAGGAGUUCACCGAAACAGAGUUUAACAAGUGGUACGACAUUUGCCAGCAGUACCAUGUGCAGUUGCCCACAAUGGAUAUGAUUGAGACUAAAGCGAAUGAUAUUAAAAAGGCGCUCAACUAUGAGUUCAAGGACGAGGAUGUGGACAAGAUUGUGGAAGAGAAGAAUCGCUUCCGGAAUCGACCCACCAACUAUGCCAUGAAGAAGACCUGCUUGAUGAAAGAGCGCGAUGCGGCGAUGCUGCGCGGCGACUAUGACAUUGCCAACGAUCUUAGCUCGCAGAUUGAUGAGCUAGAGAGUCGCGCUAAUGAGCUGGACAAGCGACGCUCGCAUAGCUUAAAUCUCAUCUCCUACAUAAAUGAUCGAAAUCGCAAACGCAAUGUCGAGGAUGCCGAGAAGGCCAUUAUGGAGGAGGCGCGUGCCAACAAGGGCAUGAAGAUUUGCGAUCCCUUUACGCGUCGCAUUACACAGCCCCGCAUGGGCUUUAAAAGCGGCACAAAGAAGGAGGAGGAAGAAGUGCUGCUGGCGCCAUUGCCGCCACCGCCGCCAGGCAAAAAGAAACCCAACGAGACGUGCACGUCCAGUGCAGCGAAACCAAGCGAUGGCAAGGACUACAGUCUUUACUCGCUGCAUGACUUUGAUAUAGAUUUGGAUGUGCCGCUGCCAGUCAAUAGCAGCAAUGCGCUGCCCAAGCCGGCCAGCAAGCCCACAGAAACGGUAUCGAAGCGUUCACUAAAUCUGGAGGAUUACAAAAAGAAGCGCGGACUCAUCUAGUUUCUAGUUAUGCUAUAAAAUAAAUUACGUUCUUCGUAUUGAUGAUAGAGUAGGCGAUGUUACGAGUGAUUGCGCGUUAAUAUUGAGAGCAAUUUAAAUUAUACCGCAUAGGCAAUAGUUUACAAAUUGUAUUAUGUUUUACGUAUAUAACGCAUAUAUAUAUAUAUAUACAUAUACGAUAUAUCUUUGGCAUAACAAAAACUUUGAACGCGCGCCUAAAGAAUUCUCCAAUAAAAUCGUGUACUUAUCUAAACGUUUGGAGAUGCGCUCUCGACAUUUUGGACACAAUUGUUGCAACAAAUUAAUUCACUGGUUAUUAUUUAUACAACACGCUAUGUAUGUAUGUGUUUUAUAUAAU